GAGAGAGACUCACAGAGUGAGUGAGCGAGUGUGUGUGUGUGUGUGUGUGUGUGUGUGCAUGAGGCAGGGAGCAGGAGAGAGAGAGAGAGAGCGCCAGAGAGGGAGAGAGGGCGAGCGAGUACGUGAAGGAACGGGAGCAGUUGGGGUCUUGGUGGAGGCUUGUCUUCAAGGUCCAUGCAGUGAAGAAGAACCAGAGGAGUUCCACGGCUGGUUCUGACCACGAGAAACCAACUCACAGAAACCAGAAGAGAGCCAACAAACCCCUCCUCCCCUUGAACCCGUCUCCCUCCCCCCCCACCCUCCACCCCCUCACACCUCUACCCCCCAAAGCCUUGAGGAGCUGAGGAGCAACAGGGAAACUUAGGGGCCACAACCAGAGCCAUGGAGCAGAGCCGGAACCUUGCCCAGCUGGUGGCCCUCCUGCUGGGUCUCCUGGGGUGCCUGGGUGCCCUGGCCCGGGACUCUGAGUUCCAGCACCACCGCUACGAGGACAUGGUCCGUGCCAUGUUCGCCGUGCAGAACGAGUGUCCCUACAUCACCAGGAUCUACAGCAUCGGCCGCAGCGUGGAGGGACGCCACCUGUACGUGCUGGAGUUCAGCGACAACCCCGGCAUCCACGAAGCACUGGAGCCGGAGUUCAAGUACGUGGGCAACAUGCACGGCAACGAGGUACUGGGCCGCGAGCUGCUCAUCCAGCUGUGCGCCUUCCUGUGCCAGGAGUACCGCGCCGGAAACCACCGCAUCCAGCAGCUCAUCCACGACACGCGCAUCCACAUCCUGCCCUCCAUGAACCCCGACGGCUACGAGGUCGCCGCCAGGCAGGUACGGCUAACACGGGGCCCAGAGUUCAACGGGUAUCUGGUGGGCCGGGGGAACGCCCGGGAGAUGGAUCUGAACCGUAACUUCCCGGACCUCAACGCCCUCAUGUACUACUACGAGAAGACCAGCGGCCGCAACCACCACCUCCCUCUGCCCGACAACUGGGAGCAGCAGGUGGAGCCAGAGACCAUGGCGGUGAUCAAGUGGAUGCAGAACUACAACUUUGUGCUGUCGGCCAACCUCCACGGGGGGGCCGUGGUGGCCAACUACCCCUUCGACAAGUCCAGAGACCCCCGCAUCCGGGGCCGGGUCACCUCCGCUGCGUCGCCUGAUGACAAGAUCUUUAAGAAGUUGGCCAAAGCCUACUCGUACGCCCACAGCUGGAUGCACGAGGGCUGGAACUGCGGAGACUACUUUGAGGAGGGGAUAACCAAUGGGGCCAGCUGGUACUCUUUGUCCAAAGGCAUGCAGGACUUCAACUACCUGUCCACCAACUGCUUUGAGAUCACCCUGGAGCUGAGCUGUGACAAGUUCCCCCCCGAGUCGGCCCUGCCCCGCGAGUGGCUGGGGAACCGCGAGGCCCUGGUGUCCUACAUAGAGCAGGUGCAUCAUGGGAUCAAAGGCAUGGUGUACGACGAGAACAACAAUCCCAUCGGCAACGCUGAGGUGGCCGUGUCCGGGAUCAACCACGAUGUCACCAGCGGGCCGGAGGGCGACUACUACCGGCUCCUGCUCCCAGGUACCUACACCGUGACGGCCACGGCCCCCGGGUACCACCCCUCCACCAGCACCGUCACCGUGGGGCCCGCCGAGGCCAUACAGCUCCACUUCUACCUGAAGUCAGCACCCAAGCACAACUUGAACACCAAGCAUCACCACAGCAAGAAGAACCUGUCUUCUACCAAGGUCCCCACUAGGUUGGGCCCCAGAUAAGACACUAACACUGAUCGCGCACAUGCCCGCAUUAACACACAGACGCACACUGGCACGCACACACACAUCAAUACACGCACACACAGACACACACACCAUGUAUAUAUAAAUACACCUGGCCUCAACCACGUUCCCCUCAAAGACCCUAUAACUGAUCAAUACACACACACACACACACACACACACACACUGUCCCCACUCUCUUAUAAACACACACACAUCUGUGCACCCACUUUUCCAGCCCUACACUCAAAGGCAGUCACAAACAACAUACGCAAGUAAAGGAACCUUAAGUCUCUUGGGUGCAGCAAAUGUUUUCAAAAUUUUACCAGCGAGACACACACAACCACACGCAGACUCACACACACACAUAGGUAUUAUAACACACUCACAGAUCCAUAAACACACCCUUACACCAUCACAUAUACGGAAUGGCCUUUGGUUUUUGUGAGAGUAUAUGAUCAUUAUAAAUGAUUUGUUAUAAUAAUCAUUGUAUUACCCAAAUGUUUUGUAGAUACAUUUAAACUGUGCGUCUUGUGUAUUUAUGUAUAAAUUGUGAUUUUGUUGAACAUGACAAAGCUACAGUUGUGAAAGAAGUUCUAAAUUCACUAUUACUAUUACAUUCAUUAUUAUAAAUUGAUAAAAAUAAAAAAUAAAGAAA